CCUUGCUCCGAACUAUCAUGUCGGAUGUAUAUACCUCCUCACCUUGGACUGAAUCCAGAGAUCAAUAAUCCUAACAGGUACCUGUGCUUGGACGCGGCGAACCUUACCCCCUCUUGUUUAUCGUCUGUUCGAAGGCUUUACUGAGUUAUCAUCUCUCGUCUUUCUUGGCCCCCACCAGUACACUAUGUCUUUCAAGGCCGCUCUCGAAGCCGGACAAGAGCCUCCAGAUUCAUGGUCAUCAUAUAUGAAUGUUGUCUAUGACAGCAGACGGCCACCUUCAAUUGGAUCAUACGAUGCAGAAAAGCUGGAGGCCAAAGCAAGAGAGGUGACAAUGUCAAAUCACUCUGCUUUCCUGUACGUCUUUGGGAGCGCGGGAUCCUGCUCAACAGAUCGCGCCAACAAGAAAGCAUUUGAGAGAUGGAGCUUCAUUCCCAAAAUGCUCGUUGAUGCCUCCGAUCGGACACUAGAGACGACUCUAUUCGGUGUUACAUACAAAUCACCCCUUCUCCUCGCUCCCAUCGGCGUUCAUGGUCUCUUGAAUAAGGAUGGAGAAGUAACUACUUCACGAGCAGCUGCAAAAGUCGGCGUUCCAUUCAUCACUAGCACCGCUAGUACUCGCUCUCUCGAGGACGUCGCUGAAGCCAAUGGAGACGGCCAACGUUGGUAUCAAUUAUAUUGGCCGCGUUCCGAGGAGAUUACUCUGUCGUUACUAGGGCGAGCCAAGAAGGGUGGUUACACAGCCUGUAUUGUGACGCUUGACACCAUGUGUAUGGGCUGGCGUCCAUAUGAUCUUGAUGAAGCCUACCUUCCUUUCAAGCAUGGUAUCGGAAUACAAGUGGGAACCUCUGAUCCCGCGUUUAUGAGCACGCAGGGCCUCGAGGCACGCCCUGACGAGCGAAUACCUUUUCCAUUUGACCCUGCUGAGUUAGAUGCAAAACGAGCACAAGGGGACGAACACGAGAUCCAGAUGAAGAUGCUGGGUAGGAAUUGGUCAAGACAAAUUCAUUCUGGUUUGUUUCGAACCUGGGACGAGCUGGCAUUUGUGAGAAAGCAUUGGGAAGGGCCGCUUAUUUUGAAAGGUACUCUUUCUGUAGACGACGCAGUCAAGGCGAUGGAGGUCGGCUGCGAUGGAAUCGUGGUCUCUAAUCACGGCGGUCGACAAAUAGACGGCUCUAUCCCGUCCCUUUUUGCGCUAGAGAAGAUCACCGCUGACCCUCGCAUUCAAGCCGCGCAGGUUGAGGGCAAGUUUACCGUCCUUUUUGACUCUGGUAUAAGGCGAGGGAGCGACGUGAUUAAGGCAAUCGCACUUGGCGCACAAGCCGUCCUACUGGGUCGACCCUACAUGUACGGUCUUGCUAUUAGCGGUGAACAGGGAGUCGAGGAAGUGGUACGCGGUAUACUCUGUGAAGCUGAAAUCACACUGGGCUUGUGCGGGUAUUCUAAACUGAGUCAAAUAUGGGGAAAGAAGGAUAAAAUCAUGGAGAAGAUGGAACUGAGUCUUUAUUCGCCUUAGUCGAACUUUUACAUAUUCGGUGCUAGCCGAGCAAUGAAACAGUACGCUCUAGAUCCUUCAAGAAGCCGACUUGCCGAGCG